UAUUUUUUUUUUGAAGAAGAAAAAGAACAGUUAUAAUCAUUUUAAGAAAAUCCUCCAAAGAGCAAGCCGGAUUUAAUUUUGGUCGAAUUAGUUAGGAAUCUUUCAAUUUCCGGUACUAUGUAUUUCUCUCUUUCCAUACUCCUAAAUUUCCUUCUUUAGUUCAAUCGCAUUCAUCAGAGAAUAACAAUUCAUAUAAUAUGCAUUUACUUGAUGUAAAAAUUAAAUUUCUUUUUUAAAAAAAGAAACAAAUAUCUGAAAACACACUCUUUUGACUAAAAUACAAUAAACAAUGGUAGAAGUGCAAGGUACUUACACAUUAAUUAUUUAUUCGAUUUUAAUGUGUUUGCAUCCCACAUGUGUUGCACUGGUUUGGUUCAUUUUCAGUUACCAUUCUUUUCCCCUAUAAAAUGCCAAUGAAUUCUUACACCUAAUUAGGAGAAAGACCAAACUAUCAAUUUCUUCAUUGCAUUGGUUUGUGCUCUUCUCUCCAGCUUCCACACAGUUUAACCAUUUUCCAAAUCAUCUGGUAGCUGAGGAGGGAGGGAAGAAACACACACACACACACACAGAGUAACAUAUAAUUAAGGUCAUUUGAGAGAGAGAAAAGAUGGCUUCUGCAGCAUCAUGUGGUGUUUUCAUGAGGAGCAAUGUCCUCCCUUUGUUCCAAUCUCAAGAUGCUAUUUCUUCUUCAAGCUUGUUUACUUGUAUUCGCACCAACAAGAGAAAGUUUUCUGGAGUAGUGUCUGUUCAUCAGCAGGACAAGAGUAGUACAAAUGCAAACAAUGAAGUUGAUGAUUUAGUGAAGAAUGAGUAUUUGACAAAGCAAAAUGGACAGCCUAAAACAAGUAGUCUCAAAUUCUCUGGAGAGAAACCAGAUACUCCAAUUUUGGACACCAUAAAUCAUCCUAUUCAUAUGAAGAAUCUUUCAGUUCAGGAGCUUAAGCAAUUAGCCGAUGAGCUGCGGGAAGAAAUCGUGUAUGUGGUGUCGAAGACCGGGGGGCAUCUAAGUGCAGGCCUUGGGGUUACUGAGCUAACUGUUGCUCUUCAUCAUGUAUUCAAUUCUCCUGAAGAUAAAAUCAUCUGGGAUGUCGGUCAUCAGACAUAUCCACACAAAAUCUUGACUGGAAGGAGGGCAAGGAUGCAUACAAUCCGACAAACUUUUGGACUCGCUGGGUUUCCUAAAAGGGAUGAAAGUGUGCACGACGCCUUUGGAGCUGGGCACAGUUCAACAUCCAUUUCUGCCGGUUUAGGAAUGGCAGUUGGAAGAGAUCUGCUAGGGAAGGACAAUCAUGUAAUAUCAGUAAUAGGAGAUGGAGCCAUGACAGCAGGACAAGCUUUUGAAGCCAUGAACAAUGCAGGCUAUCUUGAUUCAAAUCUCAUCAUCAUAUUAAAUGAUAAUAAACAGGUUUCCCUCCCUACAGCCACAGUUGAUGGUCCAGCUCCCCCUGUUGGUGCAUUGAGUCAAACCUUAGCCAAGCUUCAAGCAAGCACCGAAUUUCGCCAACUCCGGGAAGCAGCAAAAGAAGUGACUAAGAGCCUAGGGACACACACACAUGAAAUUGCAUCCAAAGUGGAUACUUAUGUCAGAGGAUUCGCUAGUGGAUCAGGGGCUCCUCUGUUUGAAGAGUUGGGACUUUAUUACAUUGGUCCAGUUGAUGGCCACAACAUUGAAGAUCUUGUGUACAUUUUCCAGAAAGUAAAAUCAUUGCCUGCACCUGGACCUGUCCUGAUUCACGUUGUCACUGAAAAAGGAAAAGGGUACCCUCCUGCUGAAGCAGCCGCGGAUAAAAUGCACGGGGUUGUGAAAUUUGAUCCUCGGACUGGAAAGCAAAUGAAGUCUGUGUCAAAAACAAAGGCAUACACCACUUAUUUCGCGGAGUCAUUGAUAGCUGAAGCAGAGCAAGAUGAAAAGAUAGUGGCUAUCCAUGCUGCAAUGGGAGGUGGAACUGGUCUGAAUUUGUUCCAAAAACGCUUCCCUGAACGAUGUUUCGACGUUGGGAUCGCCGAGCAACAUGCAGUAACUUUUGCUGCUGGUUUAGCCGUAGAAGGACUAAAACCCUUUUGUGCUAUCUACUCAUCUUUUCUUCAAAGAGGUUAUGAUCAGGUUGUUCAUGAUGUGGAUCUUCAGAAACUGCCUGUGAGAUUUGCUAUGGACAGGGCAGGACUUGUAGGUGCUGAUGGUCCAACACAUUGUGGGGCAUUUGACACUACAUAUAUGGCUUGUUUGCCCAAUAUGGUUGUCAUGGCUCCAGCUGAUGAGGCUGAACUCAUGCACAUGAUUGCAACCGCUGCUUCUAUCGAUGACCGCCCGAGUUGUUUGAGGUAUCCAAGAGGCAAUGGCAUUGGAGUAGUUCUUCCAACAAACAACAAAGGAACUCCUUUGGAGAUUGGCAGGGGAAGGAUCUUAACGGAAGGAAGCAGGGUAGCUAUAUUGGGUUAUGGAACUAUAGUACAGAACUGUUUAGCUGCUGGAAAACUUCUUGAAGAGAUUGGCAUAUCAGCUACAAUUGCUGAUGCAAGAUUCUGCAAGCCUCUUGAUGGGAUUUUAAUCCGGCAACUCGCGAAAGAACACGAAGUCCUCAUCACUGUUGAAGAAGGAUCAAUUGGAGGCUUUGGUUCUCAUGUCUCACACUUCUUAUCAUUGAAUGGAUUACUUGAUGGAAAUCUGAAGUUGAGGUCCAUGAUGCUACCUGACAGAUACAUUGACCAUGGGGCUCCAAAGGAUCAGGUUGAAGAAGCUGGGCUCACACCAAAACAUAUUGCAGCAACUGUUUUAUCCCUAAUUGGAGAAAGCAAAGACAGUUUACACCUUGUUAACCUAUGAGAUGGAGUCAAAUUAUAACAUGAUUUGGCUGGAAAAUACAUUAGAUUAUUUUUCAAAGUUUGAUCCACAAUUCGUUGUCAUCCCCCAUCAUUUUGUUCCCAUGCAUGUUGUAUAUACUAAAGAAAGUGAUCAUGAAACAAAUUCGAUAAUAUGAAAUCCUUCCGUUUAAUGCCAUUACAAUUGAAGCUAACUUAGCAAAUGUGUUCAUCUUGGGGAAUCAUCAUAUG